CCACGUGGGCAUUGUAGUUCUUCUGUGCAGUGACGUAUUCAGGAAGUGCUCCCGGGGCAACCGCCAACUGGCCAAAAAGCUGAGUUGAGUUUUUCAUCAUUCGGUUGGAUGCAGAGGUCCUCCUCAGAGACCGAAACACGGUCUGUGUAUGUGUGUGUGUCGCUGCCACUGAGGUCAGUCCAGUGUUAAAAUGGUGCCUGUUCAUGCUGCCUAUGCUUUGCUGAGCCUUGCACCCCUGUUGGUGUUUGGUAUUCCUCCCAUUUGGACUCAGCCAGAGCAAGUCCACCUCUCUUAUCCAGGAGCACCAGGUUCUAUGGUGGUGACCUGGACCACCUUCAAUAAGACAGAGAGCAAGGUGGAGUACGGCCUUCUGGGGGGUCGGCUCUUUGACAUGAUUGCCAAAGGUGACGUUACUCUGUUUGUGGACUCGGGAGAGGAGAAGAGGAAGAUGUACAUCCACAGAGUCACUCUCACAGACCUCAAACCUGCUGCUUCUUAUGUGUACCACUGUGGGAGUGAUGAGGGCUGGAGCGAUGUGUUCUCCUUCACUGCUCUGAAUGACAGCACCAGCUUCAGUCCCAGGUUUGCUCUGUACGGUGACCUGGGCAAUGAGAACCCUCAGUCUCUGGCUCGACUGCAAAAGGAGACACAGCUUGGCAUGUACGACGUCAUCCUGCACAUAGGGGACUUUGCCUACGAUAUGCAUGAGGACAAUGCCCGGAUCGGAGAUGAGUUCAUGAGGCAGAUCCAGUCCAUAGCAGCCUACGUGCCCUACAUGACCUGUCCAGGCAACCACGAAUCUACAUAUAACUUCUCCAACUACAGGAAUCGCUUCAGCAUGCCAGGCCAGACUGAGAGCCUAUGGUACAGCUGGAACCUGGGGUCAGCACACAUCAUCUCCCUCUCCACUGAAGUCUGUUUCUAUCUCGAAUUCGGCCAGGAGCUCCUCUUCAACCAGUAUGAGUGGCUGAAGAAAGACCUGGAGGAGGCCAACAAGCCAGAGAACAGAGCAGUGCGUCCAUGGAUCAUCACCAUGGGACACAGACCCAUGUACUGCUCCGAUGACGACCAGGACGACUGCACCACGUUCGACUCCCUUGUCCGACUGGGACUGAACGACACCAAACCGCCAGCUCCUGGUCUAGAGGAUCUAUUCUACCGCUAUGGAGUGGAUGUGGAGUUGUGGGCACAUGAGCACACAUAUGAGAGGCUUUGGCCUGUCUACGGUGACAAGGUGCACAAUGGAAGCAGAGAGCAGCCUUAUGUGAACCCAAAAGCUCCGGUGCACAUCAUCACAGGCUCUGCUGGCUGCAGAGAGAAAACCGACAGGUUCAAUCCAAACCCCAAAGAGUGGAGCGCUUUCCGCAGCACAGACUACGGCUACACCCGCAUGCAACUGGUCAACGCCACCCACCUCUACUUGGAGCAGGUUUCCGAUGACCAGUAUGGGAAGGUGAUUGACAGCAUAUGGGUGGUGAAGGAAAAGCACGGCUUCUCUGCCUGGUUCUGAAGACUGCCACGCUGCUCAGGAAAUGCACUUUAAACUCAAACACAUGUUUUGCUGCGUUACACCAAUCAUGCACUUUCAUUCCUCGUCAUUCAGCUUUUCAAAUCAAGAUGAAGUGAAUCUUAGGAUUUCAUACAUUUUCCACUACCUUUUAUCCAUACACUGUAUGUAAAGAUGGACAACGCGUCUCCACUUCCUCCCACUGUACAAAAGUGAAGCCAAAAUAUCCCAGAUACAGGGGCUGCCAUCUUGAGAUUUUGACGUCAUUUAGAGCCAGAGUCUGCGCAGGAGUGGUCGGAGCCACGUUAUCGAGGUCACGCCCACACACCCGCCCGAGCACGGCUGCCUCUUGCUAGCAUGAGCCACCUAGCUAAACGUCCAUCUCCUCUCUUGUACAAUUCCCGAGCGUCCGGCUGUGCGACUACUUCAGUCAGAGCAGCUGUCAAUCAUGACGUCUCACCCCCUUUUUAGAGCAUCAAAUAACUAAUUAAAAACAAAUUUAUCAGAAAACAC